AUGAGGACGCUUCUACGAUUGGACCCCAUUGCUUCUUCAAGUACAAGUGUGAGCAGUUCGAUUCUCGAUUACCGGAUAGAGAACGGUCGUACAUAUCACAAGUACAAAGACGGCAAAUAUGCACUUCCCAAUGAUGACCGGGAGCUCGAUAGACUCGACCUAUCACACAACCUCUUUCUCAUGACGUUCGAUAACAAACUCGGAACAGCUCCACCGAACGCAGCUGACUCUGGCAUCCGCCGCGUUCUUGAUAUCGGCCCAGGCACGGGUAUUUGGGCAAUCGACUUUGGCGAUGAGCUUCCCGAGGCCGAGGUUCUCGGAGUCGAUCUGUCUGCCACAUGGCCAAGCUAUACGCCUCCCAAUGUUCGCUUCGAGAUUGAUGACGUUGAAGACACUUGGACACUCUCUCGGCCAUUCGAAUAUAUCCAUAGUCGGGUCAUGGCCUCGUCGGUCAAGAGCUGGGAAGACUUCAUCCGAAAAUGCUUCGACAACCUUAGCCCGGGGGGAUACCUCGAGCUAAACGAAAUCGAUCCCUGCCCGCUAUCCGAUGACGGGACCCUCAAGGAAACCUCCGCAAUCAUCAAAUCAGUCCGCAUGCUAGAGCAAGCCGCCAACAUUUUCGGUCGGCCUUACCACACCGCUCAAGCACUCCAAGAGACCUUGACCAAAGUCGGCUUCGAGGAUGUGACGGUACAGAGAUUCAAGUGGCCAACGAAUCCCUGGCCCAGAGACGCGCGUCACAAGGAGCUUGGGGUCUGGACCCAUGAGAACCUCGUGGCUGGCUGGGAGGGCUUCUGCAUGGCCCCCUUUACCCGAGCCUUGAACUGGUCUAGGGAGGAGGUCCUGUUCAGCGAUCGAAGCAUACACGCGUACUUCCCAGUGUGA